AUGGUCGUCUACUCGUUUUAUAUUUUUGACAGGCACACCGAAUGCAUCUACACCAAGCAAUGGCUUCCUCCACCGCCGAGUGCCGCGGACACGGGGAAGCCUGGGCGCGACAGCCGCAAGGACGACGCCAAGCUCAUCUUUGGCACCGUCUUUUCGCUGCGCAACAUGGUGCGUAAGCUCGGCGGGGACGACGACGCCUUCAUCGCGUACCGGACCGCCCAGUACAAGCUGCAUUUUUACGAGACGCCGACGAAUCUGCGCUUCGUGCUGCUCACCGACACGGCGAGCAUGAGCAUGCGGAACGUGCUGCACCAGAUUUAUAUCAACCUCUGGGUCGAAUAUGCAUACGCACAUCGAGAGAGUUUUGACGAGUCGCAGAGCUUCCUCACCAUGUCAAAGCCACCCGGGACCAAAAAGAUGGAGUCGUGGGAGAAGCCCGUCUUCCGUGAUUGCAGGAUUGCCAUAGCGGGUCAGCUAGACGAAAACUGGACUGAGCCGCAAAUUGAGCGGUGGAUAAAGUACCGACAUGGCGAGCUGGUUGACAAGGUAGACGACACAGUGACCCAUCUGGUGUGCUCCAAGGAGGAGUUUGACAAGGGAGGAACAGGCAUAUUUGGUCGAGUCGCGGACGCCUACCGAAUCAUGAAGGCUAAGAACAAGGGCAAGAGGGGCACCAAGAACCUACACAAGAUCUUCAUCGUCAAGUCAGACUGGCUUGAAUUCAGCUGCCUCAAGGCAAAGAAGCUGAGGGAACUGGACUAUGAGUGGGAUCGACCCGAGAAUAAAGAGAGCCAAAAGACAGCUCAGGAAAAGAGGCUUGCCAAGGGCAAACAGUUGGAGGAGGAUGGUUUCGUCAACACGGAACUCAACCAUGUCUACACAGACAGCACAAACUUCAAAUACGAGGUGACUCUUGAGGGCAAGGACUCGAGCUGCUACACUCUUUAUCUUUUCGAGUCCAACGCCACUCCUCGCCUAUAUCAUUUCGUGGCAAGGUUCACCAAGAAGAAACGAGCUCCGCCAAACUACCACAAACCCUCUACCACCCAGGGCCUGUUCGCUCGCGAGUUUGAUCUGUUCAGGGCCUUUUUCCGCUGUAAGACGGGCGUCGAGUGGGAGGACCGCCUGCGUGGCUACCUCGUCCCGCAAGACGCCGAGUUCACAUAUACGACGCCCGCCGGAAAUGCACCCAAGGGUUCGAUGGAGGAGUAUCCGCAGUGA